AUGAGGGAAGCUACAACGUUAACUGGUUUGCAUUUUGCCACAACAACGUUGCUGACAAUCUUUCUUAAGUGGUUGGGAUAUAUCCAAACCUCUCAUCUUCCUUUACCCGAUCUUAUCAAAUUUGUCUUAUUUGCAAAUUUCUCAAUAGUCGGAAUGAAUGUGAGUUUGAUGUGGAACUCUGUCGGUUUCUAUCAGAUUGCUAAGCUGAGUAUGAUUCCGGUAUCUUGUUUCCUGGAAGUUAUCUUGGACAACGUGAGAUAUUCAAGGGACACAAAGCUUAGCAUUUCUCUAGUUCUCCUUGGUGUAGCUGUAUGUACUGUCACUGAUGUGAGCGUCAAUGCUAAGGGUUUCAUAGCUGCUGCAGUUGCAGUUUGGAGUACCGCACUACAGCAGUAUUAUGUGCAUUUUCUUCAGAGGAAGUAUUCUCUUGGAUCCUUUAACUUGUUAGGUCACACUGCACCAGUACAGGCCGCAAGUUUACUGCUAGUAGGUCCCUUUGUGGACUAUUGGUUGACAAACAAACGAGUUGAUGCCUACAACUAUGGUUUGACAUCCACAUUGUUGAUCAUUAUCUCUUGCACCAUCGCAGUAGGGACAAACCUGAGCCAGUUCAUCUGCAUUGGCAGGUUCACAGCCGUAUCCUUCCAAGUGCUUGGCCACAUGAAAACAAUUCUGGUACUGGCACUAGGAUUCGUUUUCUUUGGAAAAGAAGGUCUGAAUUUGCAAGUGAUUCUGGGCAUGCUCAUUGCAAUAGUGGGAAUGAUAUGGUAUGGCAAUGCAUCUUCUAAACCAGAAGGGAAGGAACGUCACAGUUUACCCAUUAAUUCUACUCCUAAGACACAAGACUAUAAUGUACUACCAGUAUCCUCUGAAACGAAUCAGUAA